GCAAACCGGAAAUCGCAGCUCCGACAGAAUCUCGCGAGAUCCUUUGUUUUCAUUGAUUUGAAACAUGGCGUCCGAAGGAGAGGCGGGCAGCACUGCUACAACCGAACCGGAGACCGGAGACGGUGAUGCUGCAUUUGGAGAACUUCCCACUAGCAUGGACACCGAAUCAUCAAACGGGAAAGAGGGAAUGGAAACGGCGGGCGAAGGCUCCGAGGCCGCCGAUGCUCUGACUGGAUCGGGAGACGAGGAGAGCGGGAGGCAGCUGGGGGAGGUGGAGCUGCAGUGUGCUCUGUGCAUGAAGUGGUUCACUGCAGAUACGUUUGGCAUCGACACCGCGACGUGUCUCCCCUUCAUGACUAAUUAUGUGUUCCACUGCAACGUGUGUCAUCACAGCGGCAACACAUACUUCCUCAGGAAACAAGCUAACCUGAAGGAGAUGUGUCUCACGGCUCUGGCUAACCUGACAUGGCGCUCCAGAACACAAGACGAGCACCCAAAGACGAUGUUCUCCAAAGACAAGGACAUCAUACCGUUCAUCGACAAGUACUGGGAGUGCAUGACGACUCGGCAGAGACCCGGGAAGCUCACCUGGCCCAACAACAUCGUGAAGACGAUGAGCAAAGAGCGCGACGUGUUCCUGGUGAAGGAGCACCCUGACCCCGGCAGUAAAGACCCAGAGGAGGAGUACCCAAAGUUCGGCCUCCUGGACCAGGACCUGGGAACCAUUGGGCCGUCCUACGACACUCAGAAACAGACGACGGCUGCUCCCACUGCGGGCGGGCUGAACGGUGGAUCUUCCUUCUCAGGUGCUCUGGCUCCCGGUCCAGGAAAAGGAAGAGGGGCCAAACGUAAACAGCAGCAGCAGCAGGAGGGCGCUGCAGCGGGGGCCACAAAGAGAACCAGAAGUGACCCCCUGUUCUCGGCUCAGCGCCUGCCCCCUCACGGUUACCCCCUGGAGCACCCCUUCAACAAAGACGGGUACCGUUACAUCCUGGCAGAGCCGGACCCUCACGCUCCAGACCCCGAGAAGCUGGAGCUGGACUGCUGGGCCGGGAAACCGAUCCCCGGUGAUCUGUACCGCGCCUGCCUGUACGAGAGGGUGCUGCUCGCCCUGCACGACAGAGCGCCUCAGCUGAAGAUCUCAGACGACCGCCUGACGGUGACCGGGGAGAAGGGGUACUCCAUGGUGCGAGCGUCGCACGGCGUGAGGAAAGGUUCCUGGUACUUUGAGGUCUCUGUUGACGACAUGCCGCCAGAAACCGCAGCCAGACUCGGCUGGUCUCAGCCGCUCGGUAACCUUCAGGCCCCGCUGGGUUAUGACAAGUUCAGCUACUCGUGGCGCAGCAAGAAGGGAACGCGCUUCCACCAGUCGAUAGGAAAACAUUACUCCUCCGGCUACGGUCAGGGAGACACGCUGGGCUUCUUCAUCGAGCUGCCCGACGCCACGGAGACCGCCAAGGCUCUGCCCGAUACCUACAAGGACAAGGCGCUGAUCAAGUUUAAGAGCUACCUGUACUUUGAGGAGAAGGAUUACGUGGACAAAGCAGAGAAAAGUCUCAAAGUGAUGCCGCCCAGCAGGAUGAUAUUCUUUAAAAACGGAGUGAGCCAAGGUGUCGCCUACGAGAACCUGUUUGAAGGCCUCUACUUCCCCGCCAUCUCACUCUACAAGAGCUGCCAGGUGUCGGUGAACUUCGGGCCACAUUUCAAACACCCUCCGAAGGACCUGAAGUACCAGCCGAUGAGCGACAUGGGCUGGGGCGCCGUGAUCGAGCACACGCUGGCUGACAUGCUGUACCACGUGGAGACGGACGUGGACGGACGACGCAGCCCGCCGUGGGAGGGAUAAAACACGGCCUCUUAAAUCCAGUACGCUCACAAACAACCACCCGCCGUCAGAAUACAAUUCCACCUUCAGAUCGAUAAAAAAACAUCAAAGCACCGCUCAACAUCGGUCACCUGUAGCGCCGACAAACUGUGCCUGAUUCAGACGAGAGGAAACGCUGUGCUUCAUUUUAUCGUUUUUUUUUUGGAGUUUAAACGAGUUUCAACAUAAUCAUCGGAUUGUUUAUCUAAGUGUCUGACAUCAUCAUCAUCAUCAUCCCGACAGAGAGAGAGCUUUAUGAUGAAGAGGAAGAUGAUCAUUUGAAACCAGAAACAGUGAAAACUUCACCGUCGAGUCAGUGGACAAAAACAUGAAUUUCACCUUUGAGGGAAAAGGGAGUUGCUUGUCGUCUUCUUACACAAAUGAAGUUCCUAACGGAUAAAUAAAGUUAAUUGAAUUCUCUUGGAGUCAAAAAGACGAACUAAACGAGGCAGAGGUAGACCAGCAACUCCCGCUCUCUGCAGGGUGAAACGACCUUGAUGUUUUUGUCAAUGGAGCCUGGUGUGUAACAGCUGUUUCUGUUUCCAAAGAUCAUCUUCCUCCUUACACACGACCAAAGUACGAGUAAAAUCAGGACGGAGCAUUCACAGCUAUGAAAAGAAAAACUCCCAAAGACGGAGGUUGGUUUCAGUUGACUCAACGGGGCAAAAACUUGCUCGCCCUCUCUCACACACACAAUCUGCAUCACCAAUAACACGAGCUAACUUGCUAACUAGCAGCAUAGUGUCUAGGAGGGAGACGGAUAAAGAGGGCAUGGCCUGCUGUUACCACGGUGAUUUCAGAUGCUGUCAGUCAGUUUGUGCAGAUAAAAUCCAGGGGGGGGGGGGGAGUCCUGGAGUCUGGGAACUGCCUCGUUUCUCUCGCAGUCGUUCGACCAAAAAUAUAAAACAUGUCAGAAAUUCAUCCGGCGGUGGUCGUCCAUCCUGACUCUGUACACUGCACGACUAACGCUGGGUGAUUGGGCUGAAAUUCAGACCUCAAAAUGAAGUUGCACGAUUACGAGAUUAACUUUAUUGUCCCAGUGGGAAAUUUGUCUUGGACUUCACAGAGCUCUGAUGCAGUAGCAAAAAAUAACAAAAUACAAUCAUUAUUAGAUUCUUAAAUCUGUUCUAAAUUGGGCCUGAUAUCGAUCAGCAUUCACCGAGCUUAAUGCUGUCAGACACUUAGAAUAACAACCUGAGACUGUCGGGGACAAGAACAACAACUUUCCGUGGACGCACUUUGAGCGGGCAUUAUUUCCCUGAAAGGUCGUUGCAGCCAUUAAAGCCUUUCUUUCAUGAAGAAAUCUCCAGAAACAACGCCCAAAUGUUUCUCACCUUCUCGACAUUUAAAAUCCCCCAAACUGUCAAAUUAGUUCACAGGUUUUAAGUUCUCCUCAUGCGUGCCAUCGGCUCACAUUCCUGACUGAAAAUCAAUCAACGGAAUCAAGUUUUUUUUUUUUUUACGGUGCUCCGCUUUGACGUGUGUACGUUCAGUUACUGCAGCCCGACAGAGCGUCACUCAGGAGCGUUGAUCCUGCAGUCUUUAGUGUUUUUCAGUCUGUUUCUUAUUUUGUGUGUUUUACAUCAUGUGUUAGUUAUUAACUGUUUUAUACUCUGGGUUAAAUAAUAAAAACGCUUCAUGAACAAAGUGAAA